CGCUCGCACAUAAACAAAGGCAGGACGUAGUGCUACAUUAAGUGUACUCUUUUACUUUUAUAUGCUAACAGAACCAAAAAUUCGGAGAGAGGAUUAUUCCCGGAGCGAUGGAAAACCAUCUUUUAAUGCGAGUGAGUGUUUUCACCGACCAAGGAGGCAGGAAAUACAUGGAAGAUGUGACCGAGGUCAUAGUGGAGCCCGAGCCGGGAGAAGACGAGCCGACGUCGGAUGAACCUGAUGAGAACAGUGGCGGAAUCCUCACCGUUCAUUCACCGGCCGGCAACACAGACCGGAGCGUUGAACCUUUCGGGACCUCUCUGGUUUCAGAAGCACAAUGUGAACCAGUACGAACGGGAGACCAAAGUGUACUAGUGGAAACACCUUUACCGGGAGGUCAGAGCCCGACUAGAGCUCAGCCGAGCCCCGCGUGUCGUUCCCGCCGGUCGGUGGCGUUCUUCGCCGUAUUUGACGGACACGGGGGGCGCGAGGCUGCACAGUUUGCACGGGAGUAUUUGUGGGAAUUCAUGAAGAAACAACGGGGGUUCUGGUCGGAAUGUGACCGGGAGGUGUGUGCUGCUAUACGCAAAGGAUUUAUAGCCUGCCAUCAUGCAAUGUGGAAAAAGCUACCUGAAUGGCCAAAGACACUGACCGGCCUUCCAAGCACAUCUGGCACCACAGCAAGUGUCGUAGUGAUCAGAGGAAACCGCAUGUAUGUGGCCCAUGUUGGGGACUCUGCAGUGGUUUUGGGGGUGCAGGAUGACCCCACAGUCCCAUUCAUAAGAGCAGUGGAAGUCACGCAAGACCACAAACCUGAACUACCCAGAGAGAGGGAGCGUAUUGAAGGUCUCGGAGGAAGUGUAAUCAAGAAGUCUGGAGUGAACCGGGUUGUCUGGAAGAGGCCGAGGCUGAGUCACAACGGCCCGGUCCGUCGGAGCACCGUCAUCGACCAGAUACCGUUCCUGGCAGUAGCUCGAGCUCUAGGUGAUCUGUGGAGCUAUGACUUCUACAGCGGGGAGUUUGUAGUUUCUCCUGAGCCUGACACAAGUGUGGUGAUACUCGACCCCAGAAAACACCGUUACAUCAUCCUGGGCAGCGAUGGUCUGUGGAACAUGGUGCCACCGCAAGAAGCCAUAUCCAUGUGUCAGAAUAAUGAUGAGGCAAUGGCACCUUGUGGAGUCUCGAGUGCUCGCCAUCUGGUCAGCCAUGCUCUGCUGAGGUGGCGACAGCGCAUGUUGCGUGCCGACAACACCAGUGCCAUUGUCAUCGCCCUGCAGGACUUUGGGAUUUCCCAAGACACAUUGCAAAAUGAGGAAGUGUUGCUUGACCUAUCAAAGAUCUCCCAGUGUCCUCCCACCUCCAUCUCCCGCGCUAACACUCCUCUCCUUCAGCGGCCUCCAGAGGAAGACGCUCCCUCCACCAUGUGUGACCUCCUCCCUGCCUUGGAGCGACGAGACGGACUAUCAGGAAGCAACAGCCUGUACCACAUGAAUCUGUCUGACCCAUUCUCUCUGACCCCUCUGUGUUCCAACGGUAGCACUGAAUUACCCAGUCAGUCCAGUCCGCCUGACAGGACGGUCAGCACUAGGACAACAAACAGCAAACGAACUUUUGACGCUUCCUCGCUGUCGCCCACUGGCCCGCCGGCCAAGAAAGCACGGCGCAGGACUGCUGACAGGACUGCUGACAGGCCGCCGCUGGGCCAACACAACGCAGAGAAGAAACAGAAAGAGACCAACAAUGUGUCGCCCAUUCUGCAGCAGCAUAACAAAAACACAGUGUGUGUGUGCUGAAAUGGGCACACACCUAAACAUCAACCUGCUGCCUCUUUUGGUAUUUCUUUUCACAUGUCAUUAACAAUCACAGCUCAUACCAACUCUGCUCUAGCUCUGAAUAUGACAUGGGUCGAAAUUAGAUUUUUGUGGUUGAACUACAGCCUGGUUUAUACUUUGGUGUUGAAUCUAUGCUGUUGUAGCCUGACAUUUUGAGCACUACAUAGCUCACUACAAGCUCUGCAGUACUCUGCCACUCUCUGCUCGUUUGUGUCCAGUAAACCUCAGUGACUAAAACACCAUAUAACAUUGGAAUUUGAGCUGGUAAAUAUUGAAAGGCAAUUGAUUACACUGCAAUUUUAGCAAUUUUUUUUUUUUCACUUGUUCAGUCACUGAGAGACAUGGUUGAGGAAAUGCACUCCUGAUGUGUUCAGAUGAUUUUGCUCAUCACCUUCAGAUUUUUAUUUUACAUCAGAUUGCAAACAUUAUGCCUGUAGACAUACCUCAGAGAAUGGUAGUCACCGGAUCUGUCCUAGCUGACCAAUCACUGGGUUUUCCAUCUUUGUCAUUUCAACAUGUAAUUAAAUUUUUGUGUAGGUUUCUGUGCAGGAAUCAGGGCUACACAAAUCUACGAUACGUGGUACAGUGUAGCUUCAAUGCAAAGAUAUAAAUCAGGCUUUAGCAUCCUAAAAUGAAAUUCCUUUUCUUGAUUUUUACUCAGAAUUCUGUCUUAAAGGUGCAGUGUGUAAUAUUAGGGAACAUUAGCAACAUGAAACAGUCAGAUUCUAUGUUGUGAUGCUCACUUCUGGCGGUAAUUGUGGCAAUCAGUGGAAUGAAAAAAUGGGCUUCUGUUAUUUGUUCCCUUCUUCGGUACUGUAUAAACAUGCGAGAUGCAAUAAUCCAUGAUGGUGGACUCCAUGGAGGGGACCCUCCCUAUGUAUGAAUAAAAGGCUUACUCUAUGAUCAUAAUAAUUAUUAAAAAAAAAAGUAUUCAGGUGAUAAAACACUAAUUUAGUCUCAAGAUUAUGUUUCAUUUUUACCAAGUUUGUUCCGCUAAAUGCUAUUAGGCUAAAUAUUACACACUGCACCUUUAAGUCUAAAAUUUCUUACUUAAUUUACAUAAAUUUGAAAAAUAGAACAAAAAGUAAAAAAAAAAAUCAGGAUUAAUGCUAAAAGAAAUGUAGAUUGGAAGCACAACAAUGUUUAAAAAGUUGUUUUUAUCUGUUUGAAGUCCAGGUUUUUCUCCUUAUCUCUCAAAGGUGCUUUUUUGAGAAGAACAAAAACACAAAAAGAGAAGUAGGUUGGAUUUGUGAUUUUUUUUUUUUUUUUAAAGAAGAAGGCCCAAAUCUGCAUUUAUCUAAAAUAAUUUAUACUUCGUUAAAAGACAGACUUUCACUGCAAAAGAUAAAUUUUGGGUUUAAAUGUACAAUUAUGACUCAAAUCUUUGAACUAAAAUUAAUCAUUUACAUUUGACUGUUUUCUCUUCAACACUUUAGAUUUUGCAAAAGUACAGUUCAGAUUUGGAACCCUGAAAUUCUGUCUUUUGGGUGCUUGUUUUUUUAAUAAAACAUCUUGUUUUUUUAAUUUUAAAAUGCAUCUUUUACCACAGAUUCUUUCUA